GCUGAAUAACCUCAGAAGCGCAUCUAAAUGCUUCCAACUGGAGCUGGUUAUGUUUUUUUUUCUCGGAAAGCUUCUAAUACUGGAGAUUGGAGAAAUGCAAUAAUCAAAGUUUGACUGUUCACUAGUCAAGACUAGGCAUUCUCUGUGAAGACACUUCCAUCCAUGGCCCGAGACAAUCCCAUCGGAGAGAGAGAUACAUUUUGGUAACUGAAGAUAUGUGGUGCUAUUUUGACUGAUGCUAGUAGUACAUAACUAUAGCUCAGUUGAAAUUAAUUCUACCUCUCUCUUUCUUGCUGUUAUAUUUUAUCCUCUAGUCUUGUAUUUGGAAUUUGAGUAUAUUUCGGUGAUUUGUGUGAUAGGAUAUCAGUCUGUCACUGCUCACUCUAGACAAACCAUCUUUAAUGAGGCUUAUCUCAUUAGUCAGUUCUUGUUUGUUAUAGUGCACUUUAAUCAACCUCUCGGUACGUUGUAUUCAUGCUGCCAGUUGUCAGUGAACUGUUAAAAUGCCGUGAUCAUUGGUCGGCAGAUCACCAGAUCAUGCCAGCUGCUUCAGAUCACAGUGACAUGGUUGACUUGCAUUAAGUAUUGAUCCCAUAUAUUAAUCUCGUCAAUCUCAAGUAGUGCUCUGGUUAAGCGUAUGUCAACCUAGUAAAUUUUGUAGAUGGCAUGCCAAAACUCUAAUACUUGAUGUGAAUUCUUCUUGAUCCUGAAACAAUGGACCUUAUGUGCUCCAUAAUGCCAUCUGUCCGGUGAAAGAUGUGUAAUGCAGACUGUUUAGUCUGAAUUCAUAUUUUCACAUUUCCUAGUAACUUUGAAUGGAAGCCCAAAGGAAACUACUAAUAUCACCUAUUGACAUUAGUAGCCUUUUCAUUCCUGUGUUCCCCAAAAGCAACAGCCGGAUCGUAUUUUGCUCUUAGUUGACCUUACUACUUGUGACUUUUGAUGUUUACUCAAGAGCAGCAGCUUAUGCUUGCACCGCUAACACUUGGACACUUUGCAGCAAACUUUUCCAUAAGUUAAAAACUUUCUGCAGCUCCCAAGAUUGCUGAGCAGUGGUGAUCCUCCUUCUGCGACCAGCCACGUUGCAGUACCACGAGCCAUUCGCUGGAGCCUGGAUGUGGGCUUUCUGAAUGGAAGUCCAGAUGCAGAGGAACUGACUCCAGGAACUUAAACAAAGUGCUUCCUCCAUCCUCCCUCCAGCUUCAGGUCAGACAUCAUGUUUCAGAAUCUCUGGGUUCUUAUAUUUUUUGUCUGUCUAUAUGCGAAUUAUUGCAUGCUUCUGCCAAUUCAAUUCAGGAGCAGGGUGGGGAGUAGUAGUUGCCGCACGCAAAAAUACAAUAUCCGAAAGAUGCCCUCUUGGGUGUGUGUAUGCUGAAUGUGCGUAGUUCACGCAUAAUUAAAGAUAUGUAUGUAGUGUUUCAGAGUUUGUUCACUCUUAGCGACGUGGAUGGUUUAGGGCACCUACUGUUUGUUAGGCAACUAUAGGUUUGCCCGUUAGAGUGGCCUUCCUUCCAUUAAAAUUAAAUCUUGAACUUCUUUCCAGUUCGAGUGGCUUAAAAUGGUGCAUAAACUUUUCGGCGAAGACAAAACAUGGCAUGUCAAACCUUAUUUGUUUGUUUGUUUGUUUGUUUGUUCUGGCUGCUGACUUGAUAUUUGGUGUUUGCAAAAUAGUUUUCGUUUUGCAGAAAAUGAGACGGUGGACCUAAGCUAAGUUACCUUGCUCAAGAUAUCCGAAAUAGACAUGUAUGUAACUAAUGUGAGGCAAAAAUGAUGAGAAUGAAAUAAGCAUACCUAUUAUCUACCGAGCUUAGCCUGCCGAAUCAUUAUAUAGUAGUCAGGAUCUGUCUCUUGUGUGCAGGCAUAACAAAGGCAUACGAAUCCGCGAAAAGGAUGAGAUCAACCGUAUUUAGCCCCCCUUAUAUAAUAAUGUCUCACACUUUGUGUUGACUUGCUAAUGCUGCUGGCUUGUUUUUUAGACGAGGAGGGAACUCAUCUAUUGUGCCAUGUGCAACAUGUAGUAUUAUAACUAUUUGGAUAGUGUUUGGGUAGGCGCCUGCCUUGGCCAGCGCUGCGCCACCGGCUCUCCAGAUUUGGUUAGAUCUCGUUUCUUGCUUUGUUUGUAGUACUUGGUUAUUUAAAAAAAAAUUGUUGUGUUUGUUUCUAUUAUACUGUCCAUGGACGGCCCCUCUGGAACUCUACCCAUGUAUAAAAUGCUGCGCUUUGUUGCCACUCUGCCCAGCUAAGUUACUUUGUGAAUCAUCAACAACGCAGCUCCAUUGUGUGCUGCCCCAUUGUUUCUCUCCCACCGCUGCUGUGCAGAUGUCGACGGCGAUGGUGUCGGAGCCGCAUGUCCUGGCCGUGGACGACAGCCUCGUCGACCGCGCCGUCAUCUCCAGGCUCCUCCGCAGCUCCAAGUACAGAGUCACGACUGUGGACAGCGGCAAGCGUGCGCUUGAGGUGCUGAGCCUGGACCGGAGCGUGCACAUGAUCAUCACGGACUACUGCAUGCCGGAGAUGAACGGGUACGAGCUGCUGAAGCGGGUGAAGGAGUCGGCGGAGCUACGGGGCAUCCCGGUGGUGAUCAUGUCGUCGGAGAACUCGCCCGCCAGGAUCCGCCGGUGCCUCGAGGAAGGCGCGGAGGAGUUCCUCAUCAAGCCCGUCCGGUCGUCGGACCUGUCGCGCCUCUGCAGCCGGCUCUACUGAUGCUAGAUAGCUAGUGCUCUAAUUCUAAUUGAUGGUCCUCUGCUCCUGCGCGCCUACUACUGACUGAUGACGAGGUUGUCAUCCAUGUGUAACAUGUAAACACGGUGAAAUUAAGUGAAACCG